CAGUACAAGCAGAGGGCAAAGAAAGAUUCCAGUCUGUUCCACCUGAUGCCAGAAACCAACGACACUCACUUUGUCCGGCAGCAGACGGAGAUGCUCAGCGAGGUCAAGUACAAAGAAGAGGGUAAGAAAGAAAUGAGCGUCAGCCUGUUCUCUCUGCUCCCCGACACCAUCGACACUCAGCACGCUAAAGAGCUGACGGACAUGCAAAGCGAGGCUAAAUACAAAGAGGCCAAUAAGAAGCAGACGUCAUCGUCUCUGUAUCACCGGCUCCCUGAAACUCUGGAGACGCAGCACGCUAAAGAGGCCUCGCAGCUGCAGAGUCAGAUCGUAUAUAAAGAGGCGGGGAAGAAGGAGUUGUCGUGUCCAGUUUACCACCAGCUGCCGGACACUCUGGAGACACAGCUCGCCCGAGAGCUCACCGACAUGCAGAGCCAAAACAAGUACAAGGAGGACGGGAUGAGGCGUCUCUCUCAGAGCUUCUACUCUCAGCUGCCACAAACCGCUGACACUCAGUUUGCUAAAACAGUGUCUGAGCUGCAGAGCGAGGUAAAGUAUAAGAAGUCGGGGAGGCAGGAGGCCGGCAGCUGUCUGUACUCUGUGAUGGCAGAAACUCUGGACACUCAACACGCCAGGCAGGCGGCUCACAUCCAGAGCCAGGUGAAGUACAAAGAGGACGUGCAGAAGUCGCCCAGUCUGUUCUGCAGCCUUCCUCACACCCUCCAGACUGAGCUGGCCAAGGAGGUGACGCAGCUGCAGAGCCAGGUGAAAUAUAAAGAGGGACAUAAGAAGGAAGCGUCCUCCUCGCUCUACCGGCUCCUCCCCGAGACAGCGGAGAUGCAUUUCGCCAAACACGUGUCGGAGAUCCAGAGCGAGACAAAGUACAAGAAGGACAAAGAGGAUCUGCCCAACACGCUGUUCUCUCUGCUGCCGGACACUCUGCACACGCAGUUUGUUAGAGAGAUGAGUGAGACGCACAGCGAGGUGAAGUAUAAGCAGGCUGGGAAGCAGCAAACUUCUCUGUACUCCAAACUUCCUGAAACUCUGGAGACCAAACACGCCAAAGAAGCGACUGAACUGCAGAGUGAAAAAAAGUACAAAGACGACGGGAGGAAGGAGAUGAUGUCGUCUCUUUACUCUCAGCUUCCUGAAACACCAGAGACGCAGUUCGCCCGAGAGAUGAGUGAGAUACAGAGUGAGAACAAGUAUAAGGAGAGUGGGAAGAAGAGCCAGGCCGUCAGCGUUUACUCUCAGCUCUCCGACACCAACGACAUCCAGUUUGCCAAAUCUGUGUCUGAGAUCCAAAGUGAGGCCAAAUAUAAAGAAGCAGGGAGGAAAGACGCGUCCAGCUCUCUGUACUCCAAGCUGCCGGAGACUGCGGACACUCUGCACGCUAAAGAGGCUUCACAGCUGCAGAGCCAGGUGAAGUAUAAGCAGCAGGUGAGCGGAGCUCUGUACCAACAGCUGCCUGAAACCACAGAGACACAGCUGGCUAGAGAGCUGAGAGACAUUUACAGCGAGGUGAAGUAUAAAGAGCAGGGCAGGAAGGAGCUCGCUAAGAACUUGUACUCGCUCCUCCCCGAGACGGCAGACACGCAGUUCGCCAAGCAGAUGUCUGAGAUGCAGAGCGAGACAAAGUACAAGAAGGACAAAGAGGAUCUGCCCAACACGCUGUUCUCUCUACUGCCGGACACUCUGCAGACGCAGUUUGUUAGAGAGAUGAGUGAGACGCACAGCUGAGGUCAAGUACAAGGAAGCAGGGAAGAGAGAAGCCAGCAGCUCUCUGUACCACCAGCUGCCGGAGACUCUGGAGACGCAGCGUGUUAAAGAGGCGACUGAGCUGCAGAGCGA